AUGGUUAGGCAAGAAGACUAUGACCAAUAUGGUAAUUUCUUACAAGCUGAUUCUGAUUUUAUGGAACCAUUUUUAAGUGGGUCUCAAAAUCCUUCAAUGCCCAUCCAGUCUUUACCGGAAGUUGAAAUUGUCACCUCUAAACGUGGUGGCAACUUCAGUGUAGAUGAGGACCUCCUCCUCAUCGCUGCAUGGCUUAACAUUGGCAUGAAUGCUGUGCAUGGUACUGAACAAAACGGUGACAAAUUUUGGACGAAAAUCUGGGAAUUUUUUUGCACGAACAAUACUUACGAAACCACACAUUCUAGUACCUCCCUAUCAAGUCAAUGGGGAAAUAUUAAUAGGGAGACAAGUAGGUUUGCUGGGUUCAUGGCUAAAGUUGAAGCUCGAAAUAAAAGCGGUACAACUAACGAGGACAAGAACCAACCAAAGUGGAGUAUGCCUAAGGAAAGAUCAAAAAGGCUCCCUCAAACUCCAAGUUCAAUCGAUCAAGUUGAUAGUAAUGAUGAUGACACAGUGGUACUAGAGAGACCAAUUGGUAGAAAAGCCGAAAAGGCUAAGCGAAAGAGGAUAGAUGGUGAUAAGGGUUUCGAUGAUUAUUUAGCGAAAACAUUGCAGUAUAUUCAAGCAUCACAUGAACAAGACCAAGAGGCUCUUCGCAUCAAAGCAGAAAAGCUUCGUCUUAAAACUAUUAGGGAGGAGGGAAGAAUAAUAACCAUGGAUACAAGUGGCAUGAAUGACAAAGAAAGACUUUAUUUUGAAAAUCUCAAGGAUCAAAUCCUUGCAAGACAAGUUGGAGUUGACCCAAGGAACAUGUAG